AUGCCAGAAUUCCCAACAGCAGCACCUCCUUAUCAAUUAAGGCAUAGCAAUAGUAUGCAAUAUACAACAACAAAUAUUAAUAGACCAAUAAAUGGAUUUAUUAACGAAGUUGGUAUAAGAAGAGAUAAUUUAUUUUAAACAUUUUUUUAAUUUAUUUUAAAAAAAGUUUAUUUUUUAUAGUAUUUUUUAAUUUUAAUUUAUGAUCUCAAAAUUUCAAUAAAAUUUUGUUAAUUUUGAGUUUUUAAAAUUUAUUUGGAUGAGAAUAAUCAUAAAGUUUUUUUUCUAAGGAUAAAUGAACGGAUAAAUAAAAAUAGAUAACAUAAUGAUAAAUAGGGUUGGGGUUUUCGAGUCGGGCCGACGUUACAGUCAUUGUUUUCGGGCUUCAUUUUUAUCUGGCCGGCCCGACCGAGCUUUUUCGUACCAAAAUUCAAUGCCCGACUCCAUCCUUCGGACCGUGCCGGAUCUGACCCCCUAACGCUACUAAUAAAUAAGUUCCAAUGGGCGUAGGUCCCGAAUAUGAAAAAAUGUUUUAGAACCAUACCCUUACUUUGCAAUACGAAUAAAAAUCCAAUUAUUUUCUGAUCGGACU